CCGCUGGUAUCAUAGCAACAAGUUUCAACAAACGGGAAGAGAAAAUGGCGACGGAGAAAGAACGAGACGCUGCAGAAUAUCUGAAAAGACACCGAAUAAUGGAGCUGUUGGAAAACCUGAGCAGUCUGCUCUUCUUCUACAGACCUGAGAAUCCCACGCAGUUUCUUGUUGAGCAGCUGGAGCAGCUAAAGAUUUCUCAAGAGAGCGGGGGUCAAGGGCCAAAUCUGUUCAACAACUCCAACCUGGACGCAGUCUUAGGGAUCCUGGACCCCUCCAAUAUAAAACACAUCACUUUUGCGCAAUACAAGCACGCUCUGACCACACUGGGCAUAACAGGCUUUGAUGAAUGUCCUGAAGGUGCUAAUGAAGACAGAAUAUCCUGUGACACCUUUAAAACAGAAGCGAUGCGAGGCCUGCAGAGAAGCUCAGCAACAUAUAAACAACUGUGAAUAUCAAUGUUUUCGCCCCCACCCAGUUGAUAUUUAUGUAUCCAGUGUUAUAAUCUUGAAGUGCAUCUGGAUGUGACUGGGAGGAGUGAACUGCGUUUGGUCAAAUGAGCCUGUUUUAUUAUUGAGAUGAAACUAGUUAUUGUAUAUACUCUAAUAGGUAGUUUCAAAAAAUUCAAGUAUUGAUAGAAAUUUGCAGUGAUGGUCUUUCUUCUUACAACUGGAGGUUGUGAAGCCAAAGUAAUUCCAAAUACUCGAUUAAAAUCCUGACAAAAAUAUUUUCAAAUAUCA